AAACAGCAAAGAGAACAGUACGGGAAUAGUUCGUCGAAAUUCUGCAAAGCUGUUUGGAAAACAAAACAGUGAUUGAUGACUGGGAACUGAGAGCACUUGCCCACAAGCCAAAACAGACUGUAUCAAUUCAUUAUUGAUCGGACUCAGCUCAAAGCAGCAUGCGAACUUGGUCAAAUUUCUGAACAGAAAAACCUAGUUCACGCGGAAUACUAAGGUUUGCUCUCAGGAUAUUCAAAAUCAUGGCAAUAACAAGCUCCAAUUUGAUAAAACUCGUCUCAGACACAUUUACCAUUCGCGGAGUUCCUCGUCUCAAUCGUGGACCCCGCUUCCUUCGUGGUCUUUGGUGGUUUUUCGUCAUCACCAUGACUGUCGGACUGUUUCUAACAAGUUAUUACUUGGUUCAAGACUAUUUGUUGUACGACGUUGCUGUUAACGUUCAUGUGGCGUUGGAUGCACAUUCUCCGUUUCCCGCGCUCACAGUCUGUCACCAUCAUCCGUUCUCCGCUGAGGCCUAUCGAUUGUGGCGUGAGAACAAAGUCCUGUCACCUAGUGCAUUUAAUCGUGAAAUGCGCAAACUUACACAAUACCAUUUGGAGCGAAACAAUCUGGAUAUUUCCAGCAACUUGUACCAGUACGAUAGUAUGUCUAUCUACUAUCAGAACUUGAACACGGAAGACGCUUAUCGAUUGGGACAUGACACAUCGAUAUUUCUCAACUGCAUGCGUCGUGUGAAUCAGGCCAUGCAGAUUGAGGAUGACUGCACUAAGAUGGACGGUUUUAGAAUUCGUAAGUUCAGUCAUCACACAUUCUUCAAUUGUCACACAAUUGAACCCACGGACAAGAUGGAAGCGGAGGCCACUGACACGAUAGCGUUGGUUGUUGGCCUUGGACCGAAACCAGACUACUCAGAUGAGGAACAGGCUUUUCUGAUGGAUCUGUACGAAAUGGCACAAGGACUACGAUCAUCACUUUUCUCCAACUUGCUUCCUAACCAAGCAACUCGACUUUCCCUCCACAGUGUCGUGGUUCACGAACCCGGUGCUUAUCCAGAUUUGGAACGUGAAGGUCUACACGUUGAGCCGGGCAAGUUGAACGAAAUCAACUAUCAGCCCAUUCACUGGCAACGGUUGAACACUCCUCGACACCCGUGUCGCACAGAACGAGUAGAUCGUACUCACGAACUUGCCAGCAUCACUUCCGACCGACUCCCGAAAUCACCAAGUUCAGACUAUGCCUAUGCCUACACAGAUUUGAAUGUGUCCUACCGGUAUACCCAAUCACAAUGUAUCCAUCUUCACAUGCAGCUAAAUAUUAUCGACAAAUGUCAGUGUCAGUAUAUUUACAAUCCCAGACCAAAGCAUCCAUCCAAGGAAGUACCCUACUGUGGAUCAUUUCUAUACGAGCAAGACAAAACCUUGGCACUUAGCAAGCGAAUCGAAUGUCUGAAUGCCGGCCCAAUGAACACAUCGUUAAAACGGAUACACGCGGCGACCAAGUGCUUCCCGCUGUGUAACUAUUACAGCUACGAAAGUACCAUGUCGGUAACAACGUGGCGCACAGAGAACUGGCAACUGCAUUGGUUACGUCAUUUGAACAACGCAUUUCAAGCGAUGCAACGAGAACAAGAAGAGAAGGGUCCUGCUUUCAAUGUCACAAAGAGUGCAGGCUAUGCCAGAUGGAAAGAGUAUCUGGAUAGCCAAAAUCUGACUAAUAUUCCAACCAAUGAUCUGAAAAAGCUAAAUCUCGAGGGGAGCAACUUCGCCUAUGUGGUUUUGAGACGGCGAUCGCAAGAUUUGCAGAUCAACAAAGAGAAGCUUGUUCUAAGCAUCAGCGUACUUCUCAGUCGUAUUGGUGGAUUGUGUUCCCUGACGAUUGGACUCACUGCGGCUUUUGUCGUGGAACUGAUUGAGUUCACUUAUUUAUUGUGCACUGACCAAGGGCAUUCGGCGAAUAAACCCUCAGACCUGGCACCAAUGAAGUCACCAAUCACGGUGGACGCACCGGCACCUAUCGUCACGAACUAUGACCACUCAGAUUGCUUGCUAAAGUCGGAUCCAACCAAUCGUGGUCGGAUUACAGCCGAUCAAUAUGGCUAUCACGAAUCGAGUUGUUGAGAUAACCAAUCAUUCUGCUUCCAAGUUAAUUCGUGAGGAAAUUACCUGAGCUGGUUCAUUUCCUUCGGGUUUGUGAAUACAAGCGGAUGCUAUGCGCAACAAUACUGUACACACAUACACUCGAUAUACUCCUUUCCAAUCAUGACAGUUUCGAAUAGGGUAGGUUCCGGGACGUCAUUGCAAGAUUAGAAUACCGCUCAGAUUCUGGGUUAACUAUUGGAAAGAUUUCCCACGAGGUCACCGUAACGUACACAUUAUCUUUUUUCAUCCUUGUGAGUGUAUAUCCGUCAUCAUUUAAAUUUGUGGAUUUCCUGUCACAGUGUGUUAAACAGAUGUUGAUGUUAACAGCAACGGCUGUUGUGACAACAAGCCUUCGUCCUGUGUGCAAAGAUUAUUAUCGCAAGGUGAUUGUUUUUGUUUGUUUAUUCCUCACAGUGCUUCGGAAUCGGAAAAAGAAGGCGGAUGUUCACACAAGUGUAACGUCGGCGCAGUUGCUCUUUCCGAGAAAACAGACUUAUCGUUGACUGGAUUAGGGAUAUCAAACGCUUUUUGUUUCCAGAUUCUGUGAAAGCCACGGUGUUUGUUGCAGAAGAAACAUCCUUUCCUGAAAUACCAAUCUUCAUUCACUAUGCUGGAUCGAUCUUGAUGCUUUUCUGACCAUUGUUGUUGACUAAGUAUCCAUGAUGGUUUCUAUGCCGGUACCUUCUGAUAGGUGAAUUAGAGGAAAUAAAGUUUUCGGACUUUUGUACGUGGGGAAU